UUCUUUCUUUUCAGAGGAAUGCAGAAAUCUCCCCACAUGAGUCCACGUCGCCUGUCAGAUAUCAGCCCCCAACUCCGACAGCUCAAGUCCCUUGUCGUUGAUGAAGAAAUAAAGGAGGAAGUCAAGUGUUCCCGGUCUGUGGAAGACAUCAAUAAUGCGUCCAUCGAGGAGCGCAUCCUCAGGAUCACAGGCUACUACGGGUACCAGCCGUGGAGCACAGCUAACAGAGCAAUGGAGCAGUCGAGCAGAGAGAAGGUGGAAGUGAAGGCUGAUGGCCAUGCUGGAGCGGGCAUGGUGAAGUCAGAGGGCAUGAGCAGUAGGCAGAGAAUGCGCUGCUGUCUGCGUGUGACUGCAGUCCACCUGCGGCGGGCGCUCUGGGGGGUCAUCACCGUUCUCUGCAUCUGCUCGUCCUGGUCAGGCUCCACCCAGCUGGCCAAGCUCACAGUUAGACAGCUCAACGUUCCCUUCACACUCACCUGGUUCGCCACUUCCUGGAACUGCAUCAUAUUCCCCCUCUACUACCUGGGCCACCUGUGCUGCAGUAAGGACCGGCAGACCCCUCGACAGCGCUUCAGGGAGUGCUGUCAGUUCCUGGGAGAUGAUGGGCUAUCGGUGAGGACGUUGCUGUCACGGGUGGCUCCAUUUGGAGUGCUGUGGAUCCUCACAAGCUACCUAUACCUGCAGGGCCUGCGCAGGAUCCCCCCCACAGACGCCUGUGCUCUUUUCUGCUGUACUCGCGCCUUCAUCUUCCUCAUCUCCUGGAUCGUGUUGCGUGACCGCUUCAUGGGCAUCAGGAUUGUUGCAGCCAUUUUAGCCAUUGCAGGCAUAGUAAUGAUAACCUAUGCGGAUGGUUUCCAUAGCCACUCUGUAAUUGGAAUUUCACUGGUGGUUGGAUCUGCAUCCACAGCAGCCGUGUACAAGAUCCUGUUUAAGCUAGUUUUGGGUAGUGCCAAGCUAGGUGAGGCAGCGUUGUACCUGACUGUCCUUGGAGGUGCCAACAUGCUCUUCGUCAGCAUUGUUCCACUCAUACUUCUUCUCACGGGGGCAGAGGAUGUUGGCUCUCCUGGAGACAUACCCUGGCUCAGUCUGUGUGGAAUGGCUGCACUUCUGCUGGUGUUCAACUUCCUGUUAAACUUUGGCGUGUUGAUAACACUUCCUACAUUGAUUUCUUUGGGUGUUGUCCUGAGUGUACCUGUGAAUGCAGUAAUAGACCGCUACAUGUGUGAGAUCCAGUUCAAUAGUGUCCGAAUCAUCGCAGUGUCCAUCAUCUGUCUGGGCUUCCUGCUGCUGCUGCUGCCAGAGGACUGGGACCAAUGUCUGCUGCAGCUGCACACAAUCCUGAACAACAGGGACAAGCCACAAGAGGGCACAAGAGAUACGAAUGCCGAAACAAUGCACAUCCGACCCAGCCAGGCCAGAAACUGCAAUACCAAACCAGCUCUUUCACACUAA